UGAGUUGCAAACGAUGAAGGAGUGGAGGGCUGCGGGCAGCUUGUGCUGUUGAACUGGAAGUAGAUUUCCAUCUUUCAGACACUAUUUAGCAUGGGCCGUGUGUUCUGGAAGGGGGUGGAAGUAGGGAGGAGGAGAUUCUGUGAGCAGAGUUCUUGAAGCUGCACUCCUCAGGGGAAGCCGAGCUGUGAGCCAGCUCCCCUGAUCAGAAAGCGUGUGAAUUGGAAGGGAUCCUGAGCUGGCUGCUCCCAGUGCCUCUCCGGAAAAAGCAGUCGCUCUCGCUUCUGAGAUGUGCCCAGCCUUCGCCUGCAUCACACUGCAUGCUUUAAUACAUUAUUGAAACUGCAAACUCAUAUCCACCGCAGUGUCGUGUUGACUUGAGAUUUUUUUAUCAUGAAACAUGCCACGUGGAAUUUUUGAAGCGUAGAGUUCUGCCAAACCCCGGAAUAAAGACUCCUCACCUGGUAUGUAAGAGAGAGCACUCCUCGUCAGCACAAUGACCAACCAGGAGAAGUGGGCCCACCUCAGUCCCUCGGAGUUCUCACAACUUCAGAAAUAUGCUGAGUAUUCUACAAAAAAGUUAAAGGAUGUUCUUGAAGAAUUCCAUGGUAAUGGUGUGCUUGCAAAGUAUAAUCCUGAAGGGAAACAAGACAUUCUUAACCAAACCAUCGACUUUGAAGGUUUCAAGUUAUUCAUGAAGACCUUCCUGGAAGCCGAGCUUCCUCAUGAUUUCACUGCACACCUGUUCAUGUCCUUUAGCAACAAGUUCCCGCGCUCGAGUCCGCUGGUGAAGAGUAAGCCAGCUCUCCUGGCUGCUGGCUUGAGGAUGAAUAAAGGAGCCAUCACCCCUCCACGCAUGUCUCCUGCUAAUACAAGUUCCCCGGAAGUAAUCCAUCUGAAGGAUAUUGUGUGCUACCUGUCUUUGCUUGAAAGAGGAAGGCCUGAGGAUAAACUUGAGUUUAUGUUUCGGCUUUAUGAUACAGAUGGAAAUGGCUACCUGGACAGUUCGGAGCUGGAGAACAUCAUCAGUCAGAUGAUGCAUGUUGCAGAGUACCUUGAAUGGGAUGUGACUGAACUUAAUCCAAUUCUCCAUGAGAUGAUGGAAGAGAUUGACUAUGACCACGAUGGCACUGUCUCUCUGGAGGAGUGGAUCCAAGGAGGAAUGACGACAAUUCCACUCCUGGUGCUCCUGGGCUUGGAAAAUAAUGUCAAGGAUGACGGGCAGCACGUGUGGAGACUCAAGCACUUUAACAAACCCGCCUACUGCAACCUCUGCCUGAACAUGCUGAUCGGCGUGGGGAAGCAGGGCCUCCGCUGCUCCUUUUGCAAGUACACGGUCCACGAGCGCUGUGUCGCUAGAGCGCCUCCCUCUUGCAUCAAGACCUAUGUGAAGUCCAAGAAAAACACCGAUGUGAUGCACCAUUACUGGGUGGAAGGCAACUGCCCAACCAAAUGUGACAAGUGCCACAAAACGGUUAAGUGUUACCAGGGCCUGACAGGACUGCACUGUGUUUGGUGUCAGAUCACACUGCACAAUAAAUGCGCUUCUCAUCUAAAGCCCGAAUGUGACUGCGGACCUUUGAAAGACCAUAUUUUACCGCCCACCACAAUCUGUCCCGUGGUACUGCAGACUCUGCCCACUUCAGGAGUUUCCGUUCCUGAGGAAAAACAAGCAACAGUGAAAAAGGAAAAAAGUGGUUCCCAGCCACCCAACAAGGUCACAGACAAGAGCAAGAUGCAAAGAGCCAAUUCUGUUACUGUGGAUGGUCAAGGCCUGCAGAUCACUCCCGUUCCUGGCACGCAUCCACUUCUCGUCUUUGUGAACCCCAAAAGUGGUGGGAAACAAGGAGAAAGAAUAUAUAGAAAAUUCCAGUAUCUGUUGAAUCCUCGUCAGGUAUACAGUCUUGCUGCAAAUGGGCCAAUGCCAGGGUUAAAUUUUUUCCGUGACGUUUCUGAUUUCCGAGUGCUGGCUUGCGGUGGAGAUGGAACCGUGGGGUGGAUUUUGGACUGCAUAGAAAAGGCUAAUGUUGUCAAGCAUCCCCCAGUGGCUAUUCUUCCUCUUGGGACCGGCAACGAUCUAGCAAGAUGCCUGCGCUGGGGAGGAGGUUAUGAAGGUGAGAAUCUGAUGAAAAUCCUAAAGGACAUUGAAAACAGCACAGAAAUCCUGUUGGACAGGUGGAAGUUUGAAGUCAUACCUAAUGACAAAGACGAGAAGGGGGACCCAGUGCCUUACAGCAUCAUCAAUAAUUACUUUUCCAUCGGCGUGGAUGCCUCCAUUGCCCACAGAUUCCAUAUCAUGAGAGAAAAACACCCAGAGAAGUUCAACAGUAGAAUGAAGAAUAAAUUUUGGUACUUUGAGUUUGGCACAUCUGAGACCUUCUCAGCCACCUGCAAGAAGCUGCAUGAAUCUGUAGAGAUAGAAUGUGAUGGAGUACAGAUAGAUUUAAUAAACAUCUCUCUGGAAGGAAUUGCUAUUUUGAACAUACCAAGCAUGCAUGGCGGAUCCAAUCUUUGGGGAGAGUCUAAGAAAAGACGAAGCCAUCGACGAGUAGAAAAAAAAGGGUCGGACAAAAGGCCCACACUCACAGAUGCAAAAGAGCUGAAGUUUGCAAGUCAAGACCUGAGUGACCAGCUGCUGGAGGUAGUGGGCCUGGAAGGCGCCAUGGAGAUGGGGCAGAUAUACACGGGACUGAAAAGUGCUGGGCGGCGGCUGGCUCAAUGUUCCUGUGUGGUCAUCAGGACUAGCAAGUCAUUACCCAUGCAGAUUGAUGGGGAACCCUGGAUGCAGACUCCAUGCACAAUCAAAAUUACUCACAAAAACCAAGCCCCGAUGCUGAUGGGCCCUCCUCCCAAAACCGGGUUAUUCUGCUCCCUUGUCAAAAGAACAAGCAACCGCAGCAAGGAAUAGUCCUGUGUCGUUUCUCUCUUACAAGGCGAAUCAGCAUAAUUGGGCCACGGAGCACUUAUGCUGGAAAUCUUUGAACCAUGUCAAGUCCCUGCUCAUGGAAAGUCAUGGAAUUGCUUUAAUAGUUUUUGUUACUGAGCUCAUGUAAAGUUCAGCUAUUAAAAGACUUAUUGAAUCUGUUUUUAUAGGUAUCUUUGCAUGAAGAAAGCAGAUGUUUACAUUAAGUGAUACUGCAUAUUUUUGUGGCAUGCAUUCCCAUAGAUUUUAUGUCUUCCACCCAUGCUUCCCCAGUUGCCAUUUAUCAGUGUGUGGGAAACUUUUUUUAACAAUUUAAAAAAAGAAUAGGGAAUGUGAUUCUCUCAGUGUCAUUUCAGUUAUUAAGAACCACUAAUCAGUAAUGCUACAAUGAUUGUAUUCCCAGAUCGCUAUACUUGUCUCAUUUAGACCCAAACAACAGCUCAAUGAUCUUUGACGUAUGACUUCAGGAGAAACUUAAUUCACGGCUUUUAUUACUAGAUAUCUGUGAGAGCUUGCUAUAUGUAGUUUGUUCUUGGGCAUCUUAAUGGAAUUGAAAAUGUCCAGCAUAAAGUCUUCAUGUGCCUGAAAAAAUAGAGAGUGUUUUCUGUUGUUGUUUGGUUGUUGUUGUUUUUAAUCCAGAAACAAGUGAAAACAUGUUACUUGGCAGUAAAGAGUGGUAACACGACAAGCCUUGUUCUUUUCUGCAUGUGACUCUAGAAGGGAAUCUGUAAUCACACCAGUAACCAGAUAGAUGUUUUAAACUGUGUGCCUAAGAAACUGUGUUUCCCACCAAAGAUUCAAGAAAAGUUGCUUGAGAAAAUGGUUUCAUGCAUAAUUAAGCAUUAUGGAACAAUUUUAUGGCUUUUAUUAUUUGUUUGAUGAUAAGUAAAACUCUGAAGAGGGUAAAUUAUCCAUUAGUUAUAAUUUAAAAUGUUUCCCAUUUACAGACAAUCGGCCAUAAAAUACAAUCACAGCCCAACAGCCAGUUUCUUACUAUUCUGCUCAUGCAUAAAUAUAGAUCCCUGAAAGUUUUAAUGGAUCAAUUGAAUACACUUGAAGGAUGUAAAUGAUUGUAUCAGUUCCUUCACGUAUUACCUUGGUACCUGUAAUAAAAUUGAGCUGAUUGAUGCAAAUUAUGCAUGCAGUUAGACUCCCCCCAUGCUCCCGCACCCCAGCCCUUUCCUUUGCAGGUGUUUAUUUGGAAAUGACGGCCUGGUUCCUCUCUCUGUUUAAAGAAAUCAUGCCACCAUCUUUUCAUCACGUUCCAUUAAGCCUCGGGUAUAAAAUGGAAUACUUUUCUGAAAAUUCUUGGUAGUGUUCUUCCUUCAUAUUGACCUGCAUCUCAUCAUUGCAUGUUUUAUGUUUUCAAGCAUGUCGUAAGGAAAACAAGUGCUUUAAAUGCAUGAUUUAUUAGUUUUCCCUCUCCACUCUGCAUUAAAGUACUAAUGAUUUAUCAGUUCUAUUUUUCUAUUGAUUCAUUCAUCUUUGAAUAACAAAUAGCAUUUAGUGAUUCUGUUGAACACAAUUCUGUGCAUGGAUUUAUGGAUUUCAAGUGAAAUUGCUAUAAUUUUCGUUCUUUGGUUUGAAAACUCAGCUGAAUGCAUUUAUAUCAAAGAGCUAUUCUCAAGCAAUGCAGUAUAGUGGGGGAUUGUGUAUAAAAUGUAUUCUUUUAGUGUUCCAGGAACAUGGGGUGGUAAAUAUCAACCAACAAUAGGUUUAAUUGCUUUAAAAAUAAAAUGCUUUUCAACAAAAUUAAGAAACAAUUUAGCAUUCCCAAGAAUAUUAUCAUUACUAUUGCAAAUUCAGCACAGCAAUCUCGUGCCCUGGGCCAAUAAUGAAGGGUGUUUGUGGAGCAGCUAUGUGGUGGAGCAGUAAGCUAGACCAAAAGCAAUCUCAAAGCAGUAAGAAAUACAUUGCUGACACAAUGUUAAAUAACACAUAUAUUGAUUUUGUGUAUCUAUGACUACAGGUGAUAAAUAUUUCCACAUGAAUUGACAAAAUUUCUACAGUGGGCAGGCAAACUUUGUGUUGAAAACAUAUUUGGAAGCCACAAAUUAUUUUAUGUUCGGCACAACAUACAGACAUUUCUUGGCUACCUUGCAGAGUAUAUAGUUUGAAGACAGCAACAGUUUGUGAGUCAUUCUGAGCAAUCUGUGCAGGGACAAGCUGUUGAAUUGACAGUGAGAUUAGAUCAAUUUAACAACCUGCUAACAAUGGAAAUAAUGGGAUACAGUUUCACCUCAAUGUAGCUAUACAGCUACAGUUAGUGCUAAUAAUAGUUGCUCAAAAUUUCCCCAAAUUGGAUUCAUUGGUACCGAUAGUGAACAUUCAAUUGUGAAUCAAAUGUUACUUACUGAGACUAAUUUUUUAGACUACUGAUAUGCUUGCCCUCCAAGUACACUACUCUUGGGGUUUGGAAAGUAGAUUUUUUUAAAAUCUACUUUUAUACUUUUGAAGUCAGAAACAAUAUACGCCCCAUAUUUUUGACAGCAUCAAGAUAUAAUAUGUAUAUGGAAUUUUUAACGGAAAGUUCUGUGUUACAUUAAAAUAUUGAGUAAUGAGUGUUACCUUUCACAUGGUAGACAAUUUAUUCUGUGUGGGAGUGGAUACUUGAUUUGUUGAUUCAACCUCUUUUAAAUAUAGUAGAUAUAGCAGAUUAAAGUUUUAAGAAGAUGAAGCGCUUGGAUUAAAUGUCGCACUCGCUUGUGGAGUUUAGGUGAACAAAGUCUAUCUAUCUACUCCUGACCAUUGCCAUUCACUUCGUUGCUAAAUGGAGAGUGACUCCCCAGUUAAUCUGGACAUUCCUGCUCCCAAGAGGUAUGAUUGAAGGUGCGGCUCGUAGGACCAGGAUGUUUAAAGGACACGUGAGUGGAAAUGUAUUUACACUUAGGUAUUUGAUGCUAACAAUGUUGGUCCAUUUAUUGUGGUAGAAGGUGAUAUUUUGGAGGAAGUAAAAAAAAGUAAAAUUUUAAAACACUGUUCUUUCGAAACAAGUCACGCGCUCAGAAACAGAAUAAAACAAGAAGAUCAGUUGUUUAAAGUUAUAGUCUAUAACAGUAAAUAUUUUAAUUCAGUCAUGACUAAUGAAUCACAUUUGGAUUCUACAAUUUGUUCUGUUUUCCAUUUUUAGGGGGAUGGGAAGCAAUUCUAACUUGGGAGGAAGAAUCUGUUUUUGAAUCACAGAGUGUAUUCUACAUAAAUGAAACAAGAUUUCUAAAUCACCUGAUUCAUUUUUGUAUCAAACUUGGUUUAUCUAUUGUUAAAAAAGGAAAAUGGACUAUUGUUGGCUUAUAUGACCACCUAAGAGUGUAUUAAAAUGCAGUACAUGUAUUCAAAGUUAAGAGAAAACCCUUGUACUAUAUGUUGAAGAUCUAAACAUUUGAAAAAUUAAUGAAAACUUGCAAAGAGCUUUGGUUUGUAUGAAAGAAUUCAUCUCUUGAAAGUCACAAUUAAAUUGAAUUGUAUUUAAAUAAAGUUUGAGUAAAC